AUGUGCAUUGCUUGCAAACAUGUGUCGUUAGACGAUCUGGAUGAGAAGUUAUUUGAGGAUGAAGCGAACGCUAUCCAACUUGAAAACCAACUACAAAAGACAGUAUCUAACACUACGAAGCGGUUCCCUUGGCAUUGGAAGCACUCACUUCCGAUUUCAAGCGAAGAAGAUACCAAAAUAAGAAAACUCAGUUCUUCCUCAAUGGAAUUCUCUAAACGAGGAAGUGUGUGUAGCAAUCAAAAUUCCCCUAUCAAAUCCUCUCCUAAACGAAACAGAGAGCAUUUGAAGAAAGAUAUAUCCGAGAAAGGUGAAGAUCACAAUAUGAAACAAGGAAAAAAAAAACACAAAAUAAAUACUGAUUUAGCUCAUGAUGAAAACAAUAUCGGAUCUAAUGAUAUACCGAUUCAAGAAACGAAGGAAGAUUCUGGAGGAGAAGGUAAAAGUAAUCUUGUAUCAAUCACAGAAGAAGAAUCGAUAGAACCAAGUAGAAUUGGUUCAAUGAGACAAUCGAAGGAUCAAAAGACUGUGUCUAAAAUCACGAAUUUCCCAGUACUUGGGAAAAAACCGCGAGAAAAGGAUAGUAAGGUAGCUAAAAAUACUCAUAUUAGCAUACCUGAGAAGGAGAAGAAACUUGGAUCUCAAGCGACUUCAAAGGAGAGUAUUAAAGGUAGUUCCUCAAUGUUAAAUAGUGAAUCGACAGAAAUCGAUGGAAAUAUUAAUGGGUGUUCUAUUAGGAAAAAAAAUAAUAGUGUAGAAAAUAAUUCAGCUACAGUAGACAGUAAUAUUUCUUUGAUCGAUGGCGAACGUCUUGCGUUAGGCGGAGAAAUAGAUAACUCUAAUAUGGAAACUCCUAUUACUUUAAGAACGCAUAAUGAAACUGAAUCAUUAACUUCGUCUAUCCAAGUUAGCUCUGUUUAAGUUAUUAUAAAUAGAUUUUUAAAAUGGAAAUAAGAAAAAUAGUAGUGGACUAUAUUGAAUGAAAUAAAUUGUUUUUAUAGUUUCUUAUAUAUAUUGUAAAUACAUUUUCUUUCCUUAUGUUUAAGAAUAUACACACAGUUUUAUGUAUAAUUUAAUUCAAUUAUGAGUCUCAGACAAAGACCUCAUUUAAAAUGGUAUUGUAUUUUGAAGAAAACAGUUUUACAAAUAGUUGAUUCAAAAGUGGUCCAUUACUAUAUUGAUCUCCAUACUCAGUUAAAAAAACUAGUAAAAUAAUAAUGGGGAAGGGAACAAUAACUUAAUAUUAUAUAUUUUUUCUUUAAUGAAGGUAUAUCUUCGCAUAUUAAAAGAUUCUCUUUAUCAUCCUUAUAACAUGUCUGUUAAAUCAUUCAAUAGAUAUCUAUCUUUUUAAAAUGUUUUAACAUGUGAUUAUUUAAAGAUUUUAAUUAUCAAAAAGUAUACCGACCCUAUAUUGAUAAUUAAUAAUUCAUAAUUAAUUCAAUAUUUUAAAUGAUCCUGAAAUAUGAAACUAAAUGGACUUAUCUGUAUUCUUUUCGGAAGCAAUAUUUAUUAAAUUAAAUAAUAUUAUUUUAAUAUUUGUAUUAUUUAAUUUUAUUAUAUUUAUACACGUGUUCUUGGAAAAAUAUAAGCUAUUAAUGGCUAAUUAUUUCACGCAAGCUAAUUUGUUCUGGAUUCUACAAUAAAAAAUGGCAAUAGCUUUAUUAAAAAAAUAAUUUGCAUCAUCGAAUAUCAAGUAUUUUGUGAAAAGAAUAUAAUAUGACUGACUUGGAGACAGUAAAAAUUAAAUUUAGAAAAAUCUUAUAAUUUUUCUAAUAAUCAUAUUUUCCAUGUAGUACAAAAAUUGUAUUUGUUUUUCGUAAAUUUCUAAUGAACAAAAUAUUUUUAUUCUCAUCGUACUCAUCUGCCCCAAGGAUGAUUUUGAAAUAAUUUAUUUGAGUAUUUUUCUAUAAUUCUAAUAUUAAGAGUAUUCUUAUUUUAUAGUAAAAAUACGCAGAGAACAACAUGCAGAUAAAUCUGCAAUUCUGAUAGUAUUUCUUUUUAUAAAUGCAUUAUAAGUGCAUUGUGAUAGAAAAUAUUUAAAAAAAUUUUUUGUUUAAAAUUAUUUAUUAUCUAUUGUUUCAAUUAAAAUAAUAAAAAUUUUUUUGUAAUUAUUAAUAAAUACUAGGAAUCAUAA